GGCUUUUAUUUUACCAGAGUCUUCCUGUCCUCUGUUCCAUAACUGAACCUCCUUCAGCCUCUGGACAAACUCUACUACUUUCAGUUUUAUUAUUUCUCAUCUCAGUCUUGGUGCUCUUGCAGAGGCGCGCCGUGCUGAACCGGGUCGGACUGGUUUGAGUGUCGUCGUGUUGUCCAGUGGGUCCUUCUGGAACCAGCCGCCGUACGGAUGCUCUCUCCGGGCAGGACCGUCUCUUCCCGGCUCCUCAGGCCGGCCUCGUGGCUUCCUCUCCGGCCGAGAUGUGACCGCAGAGCCGCCAGCUCCCAUCAGACAGAGCUGAUAAAGAAACAGGAGCUGGGUAAAGAUGAGCUCCGUCCCCUCUACAUGGACUUCCAGGCCACCACGCCCAUGGACCCCCGGGUGUUGGACGCCAUGUUGCCGUACCAGGUGAAUUACUAUGGUAAUCCUCACUCCAGAACUCACGCCUACGGCUGGGAGAGCGAGACUGCCAUGGAAACCGCCAGGAAGCAGGUGGCCGACCUGAUUGCAGCAGAUCCUCGAGAGAUCAUCUUCACCAGCGGAGCCACUGAGUCCAACAACAUGGCCAUCAAGGGUGUGGCCAGGUUCUAUCAGAGCAAGAAGCGUCAUGUGAUUACCACGCAGACAGAACAUAAGUGUGUUCUAGACUCAUGCCGAGUUCUGGAGGCUGAAGGAUUCGAUGUGACCUACCUGCCAGUUCAGAAGAACGGACUGCUGGACUUGGAGCUGUUGGAGGCUUCUAUCCGUCCAGAUACGUCUCUGGUGUCAGUAAUGACCGUUAACAAUGAGAUCGGAGUCAAGCAACCCAUCAAAGAGAUCGGUCAGAUCUGCCGGUCUAAGGGUGUGUACUUCCACACAGAUGGCGCUCAGGCCAUCGGAAAGAUCCCCAUCAACGUGUCUGACUGUAAGAUCGACCUGAUGUCCAUCAGCGGCCACAAGAUCUACGGCCCCAAAGGUGUGGGUGCUCUGUAUGUGCGUCGCCGUCCUCGGGUGCGAUUGGAGCCACUACAGAACGGCGGCGGUCAGGAGAGGGGACUACGCUCUGGGACUGUCCCCACCCCUCUGGCUGUGGGGCUGGGAGUGGCCUGUAGCAUCGCCCAGAAGGAGAUGGAGUAUGAUCACAACAGAGUUUCUGCCCUCGCUCGUCGUCUGGUGGAGAAGAUUACAUCUGAGACUCCUGAUGUCAUCAUGAAUGGAGAUCCAGAGCAGCGCUACCCCGGCUGUAUUAACCUGUCGUUUGCCUACGUGGAGGGAGAGAGUCUUCUGAUGGCGCUGAAGGACGUCGCUCUGUCGUCUGGGAGUGCUUGUACGUCAGCGUCUUUGGAGCCGUCGUACGUACUGAGGGCUAUCGGAACUGACGAAGACCUGGCUCACUCCUCCAUCAGGUUUGGCAUUGGCAGAUUCACUACAGAAGAAGAAGUGGACUACACAGCAAACAAAUGCAUCCAGCAGGUCCGCAGACUCAGAGAGAUGAGUCCUUUGUGGGAGAUGGUUCAGGAAGGCAUUGAUCUGAAGAGCAUCAAGUGGACGCAGCAUUAGACUCCUCCCACUUCCUGCCCACCCCCUGGCUGCCUGAUGAUGAGGAUGAUGGCUCCCAGGGAACUGUGGGGACAGAUUAGCGUUUUCCCUUUUACUCAAACACGCACAAAUGUCCUGUCUGACUUGAACUCUGCUAGUCUGUCGCCCUGUUAGCUCCUCCCAUGUCACAUCUGACCAAUCAGAGCAGCAGAGCCAAAGUUACUGAGUCGCCUGUAGAAGUCAGAUGUCACCUCCUCUAUGACUUAUACUUUCUGUCGUUUAUACACCACGCACACACGGUGGAACCAGUCACCAGGUGAAGGUUUUGAACUGUACUUUUAAAAACAUUCUGAUUCCACAGGUCAAAUUACGUCACUGCUGCUUACAUUUCCCAUGAUGCACCAAGUGUUAUGGUGUCCACUCACUUCACAUAUAUGUUUCUGCUGUUACUCAUUAUAAACAUUAUUACACAAUAAACUUUAUAUCCAUUAAACGGUUGAUUUAUUAAACAUCAGAUCAUGUAUUGGACAAUAAAAAA